AUGAAUAUGUAUCAAAUUCGCGAUGCGAUAUUCCAGCGGGAUAAUGACGGCACCUAUAUGUCCUCUCGCGGAGUACAGGGUUUGACCGUGAGCGUUGUUUUCACGGCAUUAGCAACAUGCUUCGUGGCUGCGAGAAUGUACACCCGCAUCAAACUCAUGAGAAAGGUCGAAGCAAAUGACUGGAUGGUCAUCAUCGCUUUGGUCAACUCAUAUGUAUUCAUGGGAUUGGAUAUAGUCGAAGCAAUUAGUGGAAUGGGUAUGCACUUGAAGGACAUCCCACCGCAAAUCCUUGAGAUUCAGAUGAAGGCUUUCUGGCUCACUAUUCCUUUCUAUAACGCCGCCGUCCUCUGCGCCAAAGCCUCAAUUCUGAUGCAAUACUUCCGCGUCUUCCCAACACAUCGCAUGCGCGUCGUCUGUUGGAUUAUGAUCACCAUCCUUGGGGUCUAUGGUACCUGGGCGGUAAUCAGUGCAUUCCUCAAUUGUAUCCCGGUUGCCAAAUUCUGGGACCCUACAAUUCAAGGAGGUUUCUGUUUGAGCAAGCCUGGUCUGUGGUUCUCGAAUGCUAGUAUGCAUAUCGCAACCGAUCUCGCCAUCUUGAUCAUUCCCAUCCCAGCAUUGUUGGUGAUUGACUUGCCUCGGAAGCAAAAGUUCGCUCUGAUGCUCAUGUUUGGCUUGGGAGGCUUUGUCUGCAUAACCAGCAUUGUCCGUCUAACUAGCCUAAAAAAGAUAGCAGACUCGACCGAUCCGACCUACGACAACGUCGCUGCCGCCGCCUGGUCUGCAGUCGAAUGCAACACAGGCAUAAUCUGCGCCUGCCUUCCAACGCUCAAACCGAUACUCACCCGCAUCUUCCCAGGAAUGAUGACAACCUUCAGCGCAAGCCGCCCCAGCUACGGCGACACAACGCAGCGCAACUCAACCUGGAACGGAGACGGCUCAACGCUCGACACGCCCGGCGAUGAUCCCGAGUACGGUGCUGGUGACCCGGAGCGUGUGCUUGAGCUUGUUCCUGGUAAUGGGUUUAGCAACGAUCAUGGCCAUGGGAAGAGUUGGUCUGAGGAGGAAAAGAAGGAGUGGACGCAGACUUAUUCGCUUCCUGAGCCUCAUGGUCCUGUGCAUUAUGCUACGCCUUCGUCGGAGUCGGUGGAUUCGUUGAGGCAUUGA